AUGUUCAGCCUCCUCGUCGUCCUUCUUCCCUUCAUCUCGGCGUCGCCGGUCGAACUCGAGACCCGUGACCGAGCCACCACUCCUGCUGGGUGGAAGUCGUACGGCUGCCACUUUGACUGUUACGACGGUAUGAACCGCUACCUCCCCCACAAGGCCUACUCGAACGACCUCAACUCGCCUCGCAAGUGUACAAAGGCCUGCGAGAAGGCCGGGUACAAGUUUGCUGGCGUGCAGUUCGGCAAGGAGUGCUGGUGCGGGAAUGAGCUCGGCGGGCAGUUGACCGACGACAAGGAGUGUUUCAUCCAGUGCCCAAAGGCCGCCAAGGAGACAUGCGGCGGCCCAUGCCGCAACUUCAUCUACGGCUUGGCAUAA